UAGAUGUUCAAAAUGUGGACUCAUGUCUGUGUAUGUAAAUGAGAUGGCAGCUACUGUACGAAAGAAAUCUUACCGUUCCUUACGCAAAUUGUUCGUCAGGGUUCCAAGGUGCACAAUUCUUAUUCAACUAUUUUCGCUGUGACCACCGUCAGCUCUCCGAUCCAUGGCGCCCAAUACAUCCACUUACAAAACGGCUCAGCAACCGCGCCUCUUCAACGAGAGCGAGCUUCGGCGCUUUCAAGACUGCGCCAACGAAAAUGAAACCCUCGCGGACUGCUGGGCAGGUGACAAGAUCGUCAUCGUGGCCUGCGAACUGUCAGACAGAUACCAAUACGCCGACGCACGGAACUCCAAAGCGAUUGAAAUAAACGUCAUGUCGCCUGCCGACAAGCCUGUGUGGCGAUCGCUGCCCCUUGACGACCAACAGCACGACGCGUUCAAGAAGCAUUGCAGCACCAGGACGAUUCGAAUGCUCGAGAAGACGAAGGUGAAUAAGAGUCUCCAGCCCAGGCCUUGGUCGUGGUACAAUGCUGCCGCUGCGCAUGAGACGUUUGAGCUCUAUGCGGAGGAGGCGCGGGCUAAGGCGCAGGAGGCUUUUGAUGCGCUGGGUGGGGAGGCGUACGCGACUUUGUGUGUUGUGAGCUACGAUAUCCGGGAGACCAUGGCCGCGCUGGAGUUGUUCGGGGUCAAGUUGCCAUCUUCCGAGAUGGUGUUUGUGGACUUGAUUAAGGUAUUGGAGCAUCAGACGAGAGAAGAGAGGGUGAUCCCGGAGCGGCUGAGGAAGUACACCGAUGACAACAUCGCGAUCAGGAACGGGAGGCUUGAUAGGCGGCCGGGGACGCCGAGGGGUUAUCUGGGGAUGCCCAGUGUGAAGUUGUUGGAGGUGGUUGGUCCUGCUGCCCAGAGUCAUCAGGCGGAUUAUAAGAAGCUCGAAAAGGGUAAUGUGGCCUUGAAUAGGAUUGCAAGGAGGAUCCGAAAUGGAUAGAUGUGUAGACUCUUGAUUCCAAGCAUUCUCACAAUGGCUUUAUGACGGCUUCUGCCUGGUAAGGUCAACUUUCUUUCUAAUCAAUACCUUCGGUCAACAAUGGCAAUGAACCGGUUUAGUGA